ACAACAAAAACAACAAGCUUUGGUUUCAGCAACCCCAUAUCCACAUUUUGAUGGCUAAAAUUAGUGUAUUGUCUCCAUUCUUAGUGCUUUUCAUGGUGCUGAUGAGUAGUGCACCAGUGACUGGCCAAGAUGGAAGUAGGAGGCAAAUGGUGCCUGCCAUGUUCAUAUUUGGCGACUCUCUUAUUGACAAUGGAAACAACAAUAACAUUCCUUCCUUUGCUAAAGCCAACUAUCUCCCAUAUGGCAUUGACUUCAAUGGAGGCCCUACUGGUCGCUUCUCAAAUGGUUACACCAUGGUUGAUGAAAUUGCUGGACUGCUUGGACUUCCCUUAAUCCCUGCAUACAAUGAAGCCUCAGUGAAUCAAGUGUUUCAUGGAGCAAAUUAUGCCUCAGCUGCUGCAGGAAUCCUUGACGCCACUGGCAGAAACUUUGUUGGCCGCAUACCAUUUAAUCAGCAAAUUAGGAACUUUGAGAACACAUUGAAUCAAAUUAAGGGCAAUCUUGGAGCAGAAAAUGCGGCAACAGUGAUUUCGCGGUGCAUGUUCUUUGUUGGAAUGGGCAGCAAUGACUACCUAAACAACUACCUUAUGCCUAAUUAUGCCACUAGAUUUCAGUACAAUGGACCACAGUAUGCUGAUCUCUUGACUCAAACAUAUAGCCAACAACUCACUAGGCUUUACAAUCUUGGAGCAAGGAAAUUUGUGAUUGCUGGACUUGGGCAAAUGGGAUGUAUUCCAAGCAUAUUGGCUCAAAGUGCCAGUGGAGGCUGCUCUAAAGAAGUGAACUUGCUUGUGAAACCCUUCAAUGAAAAUGUGAAGAACAUGGUGAACAAUUUAAAUGCUAAUCUACCUGGAGCCAGAUUCAUAUUCUUUGAUUCUUCCCGUAUGUUCCAGGACAUCCUUCAGAAUGGUAGAUCUUAUGGCUUCAGUGUUGUGAAUAGAGGGUGCUGUGGCAUUGGAAGAAACAGAGGCCAAAUUACAUGUCUUCCAUACCAAAUGCCAUGCCCUGAUAGAAACCAAUAUGUUUUCUGGGAUGCAUUCCACCCAACAGCAGCAGUGAACGUUCUGAUGGGAAGGAUAGCAUUUAGUGGGAACCCAGAUUUUGUUUAUCCUGUGAACAUUAAGCAACUUGCUGAACUAUAAGUUGAGCUCACUGAGUGAGAUUCUUGCUGUGUCAAUGUCACUUUCAUGUUGAACUAGUUUACAUUUAGUAUGAGAAAGUAUGUGGUAGUGGAGCAACAAAUUUAGUGCAGGGAAUCUAUUAAUAGUCAGAGACAGUUGUGGUGUACUGCUGCUACAUUUACAAUUACUACUGUCAUAUGAAUUUGGU